UUUGUUUGACAUUGAACACACUCAUGAAAGGAAUUCCUUGCUUUACCAGCCUUCAAAAAAAAAAACACCAUGAUUCCACUGUCAAAUCCUACAAGGGAAAAUGGUGUAAAUUUGGGCAAUAAUAGCAUCGAGGAGAGUCUGCAAAGUUAGUCCUGGCAUGGUCUAUGGUAUUUUUCAAUCUCACAAGCAACAGAAUCACAGGCAUGGGCUCAAACAUGUCCCCCCUGCCCCUCUACCAAUAAUUGACUCUCUCUCUAUCUCUAGGCAUUGCCUUCAGUGCUCUUCUGUGUAUAUUUAUUUGCUCUUCCACAGCUUUCUUUCAUCCUGGAGAGAGCGCAAAAGUCCUCAGCAAGAAUAAUGAAACUUUUGCAUCUUCUCUUGUUGGCGAUGCUUACAACUGCUUUUUAUUUCUUUUCCCAGAACAUCUGUUCUUCUUCUUCCCCUUCCAUGUUUUUCCUCACAGGAAGGAGAUCCAUGAGCGAACAGAGAUCCAUGAGCGAACAGAGGAUGUCAUCGGUCACCCUUAGAGAUGAGCAUGAGAAUACCAAGGUUCUUGAUGAAAAGAAUGAGCAAGCAACAAUCAAGGAAGAUUCUAGGCAACUGGCGUAUCCAAGCAGCAGUGAUAAUUUGGAUGAUCUUGUUUACCACGUUGAUUACCAUGGCGUGACAACUCAUCCAACCCCAACUCCAAAGCAUCCCAAACCCUAAAAUAUCUUUCUUUAAGAUUUCAGAUGAAGAAAUGCUGCAUACAUGUACUUCAUUUUUAAUCAACUAGUUAACGAUGUAUUAAUUACACCAAUACAAUUAGGAUGAAUAUAUAUUUCUGCUGGAAGUAUAUGAGCGGUAUUUGUGUUUUCUCAAGGUUUCACUAAUCAAAUUGUACUUGUAGCAUAUAAACAGACUAUAAAAGUGACAGAUAUUACUUUGUCAA